AUGGCGGGCGAAGGUUCUGCAAGUGUGAAUCCGAAUUGCGAGGUCGUUCGUGGACAAACGUUCGAGGUUGGCCCACGGUACACGAAUUUGUCGUACAUGGGUGAGGGUGCCUACGGAAUGGUCGUAUCUGCUUAUGACAAUGUGACAAAAGCAAAGGUAGCUAUUAAAAAAAUUUCACCCUUUGAACAUCAGACAUAUAGUCAGAGAACAUUAAGGGAAAUAAAAAUUCUGACUAGGUUUAAGCAUGAAAAUAUAAUAGAUAUAAGGGAUAUAUUAAGGGCACCUACUAUAGAACAAAUGAAAGAUGUAUAUAUUGUUCAAUGUCUAAUGGAAACUGAUCUCUAUAAACUUCUUAAAACACAGGCUAUUAGUAAUGAUCACAUAUGCUAUUUUCUUUACCAAAUAUUAAGAGGAUUAAAGUAUAUUCAUUCUGCAAAUGUAUUGCAUAGAGACUUGAAACCAAGCAACUUGUUGUUGAAUACCACGUGUGACCUUAAAAUCUGUGAUUUUGGUUUAGCCAGAGUUGCUGAUCCAGAGCAUAAUCAUGCUGGUUUUCUUACUGAAUAUGUAGCAACAAGAUGGUAUAGAGCUCCAGAAAUAAUGCUCAAUUCAAAGGGCUAUACUAAGUCUAUAGACAUCUGGUCAGUUGGUUGCAUUCUUGCAGAAAUGCUUUCAAGAAGAGCAAUAUUCCCUGGCAAGCACUACUUAGACCAACUGAACCAUAUAUUGGGUGUUCUUGGAUCACCAUCCCCUGAGGAUCUUGAAUGCAUUAUAAAUGAAAAAGCACGAAAUUACCUUCAGUCAUUACCGUAUAAACCAAAGGUUCCAUGGACAAGUCUGUUUCCAAACGCUGAUCCGCGAGCUUUGGAUCUUUUGGAUAAAAUGUUGACAUUUAAUCCUAACAAACGGAUCGUCGUAGAGGAUGCACUCGCGCACCCUUACUUAGAACAGUAUUACGAUCCUGCUGACGAACCUGUCGCAGAAGAACCAUUUAAAUUUGACAUGGAGCUGGACGAUCUUCCGAAAGAAGUAUUGAAACAAUAUAUCUUCGAGGAGACCCUGCUGUUCCAGAAGAACCAUCAAGAAAACGCUAUGUAGUCUACUGCUGCGGCUAGCGUACAGGGCGACCAAAAAGGAUGGUGUGACGGUGGUGUGACGUCAGAGUAACAGAAGUGUACUUCUUUUACAGCUGUCUACGAUCGAAGCAAGAAAGAAAAACAAAAAAAAAUAAAUAAAUAGAAACAAAUCGAAAGCAAAACUAACUUCUACGAAGACGUUUAAUCGGAGGAACGCUUAAGUCCACUCUACGAACACAAGCGAGUUUGAGAAAGCAGGCGAAGCGGGAGCGGUGAACGAGGUAAAACAAACAAAACCGCAGUGUCCGUGCAUAUACUUGUACAUUCGCAUGUCUUUACCGGAGAAAAAAAAAAACAAAAAAUACAGUGUCUUUUUUUGUUACAAUUGAAUGCAUAAUAUUAAUUUGUACAAUAACUUUUAUUUAUCCCGAAUUAUAUAUAGGUAACGCUAGUUGAUGAUUUAUUGUUAAUCACCGUAUCAUACACAUUGUCUGUGAUUUAAUUGCCGAGCGAGUGACGUGGUUGGUGUAAUGUGCGAGAUAUUCUGAGCCACGUAAUACGGCGACCGAUAAAAUGAAUGUGUGCAGAGAGAGGGAGGGAGAGUGUGAGA